AUGGGUUGUACGUUUGAAGAUGGUCUCUGCGGAUACAUCCAAGGCUUGAGUCCAGAUGAGGACGACUUUGAUUGGAUAAGAACAAAAGGAGAAACGUCAUCAGACUCGACUGGACCUAGAUUCGAUCAUACCACAGGGUCAGGCUACUACAUGUACAUCGAGGCUGACGGACCAGAAGAUGGAAAGAAAGCCAUUCUCAAAUCCCACCCACAGCGAGCAACCAGCGGAGAGGGCGUCUGUCUUACCUGGUAUUAUCAUAUGUACGGGCCUGACGUUGACAAGUUCAAUGUUUACCUUCAGCAAGAUGAUCAGAACAUGCCGAUCUUUAAGCGCCAAGGAACACAAGGAAACCAGUGGAUGUAUGAACAAUGGACCGUUAGCUCGACAACCUCCUGGGCGGUUGUCUUUGAAGCCUACAAGGGACUAGGAAACGCAGGCGACAUUGCUAUUGAUGACGUCAUCGUAACUGAUGGGGCUUGUUCCUUACAACGAACAUGUGAUUUUGAGGUGGGUUUCUGUUCCUGGACUCAGGACUCCAUGGAUGAUUUUGAUUGGACGAUCGGUAACAACGGAUCCAUGUUAGAAGGAACAGGACCUCCGUCAGACCACACCAUGGGAACCGAUCUAGGGAUGUUUGCCUAUGUGAACACAGCCAAGCCUCCCAGAGCAUACGGGGAGGUGGCCCAGCUCUACAGCCCUGUCUAUCCUGCAGCAGUCAGUGAGUGCCUCACGUUCUGGUUCCAUCUCUAUGGAGGUGCCAUAGGAGAGCUAGAGGUUCACAUCUAUGACACCGUGUCUAAAGCAUCAACAUCUAUCUGGAAGGAAACAAACCCAUGCAAGUAA